AUGAGAGCAGAAGGUCUCAACCAACGCGCGCUGCCUUGUGCGUCGCAAGCGGAGCUUCCAUCUCACCGCUGGCGGGUCGUUGCGCCGCCGUCCCACGUGGAAGUCCCUCCUCCCCAUUUCUCCGCCAGCGGGGGAGGAGGGGCUGCGCGGGGGCAUCGCCGCUCGCCGGCGACCCCAAACGUUUUUGGCUGGCGCGUCUUGGAUCGCCGCCGGUGGGCGCCGCGGACGCAGGAGCACGGGCCAAGUGGACACUUUGCAUGUGCGCAUCUCUGCUUCGAGCGGUCGGCGGCUGUCGCUGGGGGGACACCCGGGCCCCUCCGCCCGGGCGCCCGGCUCCUCACCGUGCGGCGGGGGGGCUCGGACCCCACGCGGAGCUGCCCGCCGGCGUCCCCACCACGCGCCCCGCCCGCGCGAGGCAGCAAAAAAUAG